CGUGUCGCGCUUGGAUCCCCGGUAGAAAAUUCAAGUCGCGGAGUGCGUGUGCAUGUGCGUCAGGCUCUAAAUGUGUGCGUCCGCGCACGUCAAACCCCCUGGCUCCGUCCUCAACAGUUGCUACCGGAGCGGCGGCGAGGAGCGGCGGAGAGCGAGAGAGACAGCAGACUGAGGACGGACGGUACGCGGAGCCCCACGCCGCUCUGCCCGGCUCUGCUCCUGAAAUGCAGUCGCUCAUCUCUCCGGUGACCAAGGCCAUCCUAGUAGCGCUCUUCAUCUUCGCCAUACUCCUCAUCCUCUAUGUGAUUCUUUGGUACAUUUGCAGAGACGUGGACUGCGACCACGGCAUUUAAAGGAUUCCGUGAAACGGGAAUAACGGGGGAUUUCAGAUGGGGCGCACAGAGAGGGAGCCCGCGGAGACCAGGGUCAACCCCGAUGCCGAGACAAGAUGGCAAGGUUGCCAUAGUGACAGGAGGAGCUAGGGGAAUCGGCUAUGAGGUAGUCCGCCACAUGGCCAGACUGGGGGCGCAUGUUAUCAUAGGUGGAAGGAAUGAGCAGGAGGGUCUGGCAGCCAUCAGGAAGAUCUGUGAAGAGUACAAAGAGGCCAAAGUGGAGUUCAUGAAACUGGACCUGGCCUCUUUGCAAUCUGUCCAUCAAUUUGUCCAGCGCUUCAAGGAGCAGGACCUGCAGCUUAACAUUCUGGUCAAUAAUGCGGGUGUCAUGCUGGUUCCAGAGGGCCGUACUGAGGAUGGAUUUGAGCUGCACUUUGGUGUGAACUACCUGGGCCACUUCCUCUUAACCUGGCUCCUCCUUGACACACUAAAAAAGUCUGGCAAGUGUGGUCACUUCUCCCGUGUGGUCAACGUCUCCUCGCCUGCCCAUCGCCUCGGCGAGAUCAGAAUAAAUGACCUAAACAGCAGCCAGUCUUAUUCAGCCCAUGCUGCUUAUUGUCACAGUAAGCUGGCACAGCUGUUAUUUAGUUCCCACCUCCACCAGCAGCUGGAGCAUGGUGGUUUCCCGCUGAGUUCAUGUGCUGUGGAUCCAGGCAUCGUGGACACGGCUCUCUAUCGCCACCUCUGGACGCCCCUCUGUUUGGCACACAGAAUUAUUGCUCGCCUGCUUUACAAGACUCCCUCUGAGGGCGCUGCCACUGUGCUGUACGCCGCUUUGUCACCAGACCUGGAGGGGGAGUAUGGCGGAGACUUCUGGGCCAACGGGCAAAGGGAGAUGACAACACCAACAACCUUUGACCCAAAACUACAGCUGAGCCUUUGGGGAACCAGCCUGCAGUUGCUGGGCCUGCAGUAGCAUGGGACUAAGGGACAAAUACAUGGACUAAUCCUCAAAAAAAAAAACCUACAUGAAAUAAGACUCCUAACCCAGGGGUCAUCCAGACACCUUCUAUCUCCUUCUUUUCUCAGAAUUUCCCCCCCAUCCAUACCUCACAUCAAGUUGUUUGUAGCGAUUUAUCCAGUUAUUGCGGACAGUGAUUUAAAGUCCAUUUUGUUCCAAACCCGCCAAAGAAGGGCUUCAGGGGAUGGAAGAUGUUUUUUGUUUUUUUUUCACAAUGAGCAAACAGACAUAUACAUGCACAGUUACAAAACUAGGGCUGUCAGCAUUAACUUCUUACUGGCCAUCAGUGAAGGUCUGAAGCUAUUUUGUCCCUUUAGGCGCACCGUGGAUAAGCCUCCUCAGUGUCUCCCUGUAGUCACAGUGAUGUAAGAGAACGACACUGCUGCAUCUUUGAAUGGCUCAUUUCACAGUAAAACGCUCUCAGACAGCUCAGUUGAUGAGUCUCAAGUAAUAUCGACCUUAUGACAUCACACAUUUCACUUUUUAAUGUUCCUUUUAGCUGUUUUUAUUUAGUUUUUGAGCCAUAAUCAGUUCCAUUUUUCCGUGGUUAAAUUAACGUCGCCACCUUCAAUCUACCAGAAGGUCUUUACUUUAUUUCAAAAUAAAAGCACGGUUGAAUUCAAACAGCAAGUUCUCUUAGCUUAAGUCAGAACAGAAAUUCAAAAUAGAAACCUAACAAUUAUAAUUUUUCAAUUUGAACUAAUGGAAUUAAACAUGCGAUUAAAACUGUGAUUAAAAAUGUCAAAUGGUUUGACAGCCCUAGUCCAAACAUAUGCUGGCAUUAUAUUGAUUUAGGAUUUUGCAGUAGCUACUGGGCAGACUGACAUUUAUUUAGAUAGCAGUUAUCAUCCAUCUGUAAUAGGUUUAUUUCCUGAUCGUAGCUAACUCAAGAUGUCUGUCCAGAAGAAAUCCUUGCACAGUGUCCUGUUCAAACACCUGCCUCACUCUGCCUUAAAGUCCUUAGUUUGGCUUUCAGUGAAGAAUUUCAUUAUUCUCCAGUGAAAAAUGACAUUCCUGAGGAUUUUCCAUCCCAGAUUAAAAAUGUAGGCAAACAUAGAAAUGCUUUUUUUUGGCACAGAAAUACUACAAUUGAUAAACUAAAAACUCAUUAAUACAACAACAAUGAUCGGAUUUUUCAAACCUCAGCCUGCCUCACGUUGGUGGGGGAAAUGUGAUGUCAUCUGACGGAUCACAAUGAUUUCUCAGAUCGUCUGACGGUGACGCUGGUUUGACUGAGGGCACUUUGAUUUGAACUACUUUUUACUGGUUUCCAAUGAAUCCUCAUGUAGUGUUCUUAGAAGGUGUGUUUUUUUCUUUUAAAGGUGAAUUUUACUGUUCCCAUGAAGUCGCCUGGAGAAAAAACACCAACUCCUCUUCCCCCCUUACUUUGAACACACAGUUAUUCAACAGAAGACGUUCCUUCAGCCUGAUCAGGGAUUUGGAAAAAAAACACUGAAAAAAAGAGAGAUUCUGUGUAAAAGUAGGCCUGAAUUUGGUGUGAUUCCAGUAUAGACUGGUGAGUGAGGAGGCCUUUUGUGUUGUUCUGGGGACAUUUUAUUUUCGCUGCAUUCAUUUUCAGAAGCCAGGAUUUCCAGAUGUUUGUUCGCUUUUGUCUGCUCAGACACAGAAAGGGAAAGGAUGGGGAACCAACCGCCACUUCACUCUGUCCCUGUUUUCCUUUGUGAUCUGUGUUAAUCGGUUUUACUGUGUCUGUGAUACGUGUGUACGUGUUUAAUACACAGGAGUUCAAUAUUUACUCAUGCGACAGACCCCAUUCAAGUUGAUGGAGAGCACAACAAUGGCAAGUCCUGGAGGAACAGCAACAGGACAGGGAGUGAGAGGAGAUGCACCUUUUUUUCAAUUACAAUACCUAUGAUUGGUUCCUCAUUGCUUCGUCGACACUUCCUCAAUUGGCGCAGCUCCCAGUGCAUUGUGGGAUUGAGAUUUCCCAGUGCUGAGAAUUAAACUCCAUCUGCUGAGCUGACACACACAAACACACUCGCUGAAAAAUACAGAAAGCAGUAGAUCCAGGCACAGGCUUAUCUAAACAAGCACACAACAAACAAACACUUCUGGUAGUCAUGCAGGAAAGUAUAUACUCUUGCACACACACACACACACACACACACACACACACACACACACACACACACACACACACACACACACACACACACACACACACACACACACACACACACACAGCGCCAUAAUGCCAUCUCCACUGUGAUAAACCAUUUUAGCUGUGAAGAUGAAAGUUUUAUCUCAAAUUAACAAGUUUCGGCUAAAUAUUAUUCCCCACAUGCCAAGCCAUGGCUAUGUGAAUACUGCCACUGAGCAUCCAGCUUUCCUGAUCUGCCCUAUGUGAAGCAAUAGUAUCACUGUGGUAGCUAUCCAGCCGGUAGCAUAGAUAAAUACAGUCAGAAUACAGAAGGAGCCCAGACUCUGCCGGUGUCAUUUUAAAUGGCAACCUGAAAGAAAAUUCUGUUUUUCAAGCAGUGUCCCAGUUCAGAGUCUGGAUCCCUCCGCCAACCAAAGGUCAGGCUGAUUCUGUUCCUCCCCCCCUCUUCAUGAGACAAAGGUCUACGCUCACAAAUAAAGCCUAAUGGGGUGUGUUCAGGCCGUUUUUACGUCCAAGUCAUUAUAGGAUGUUGUCGUCAAAGAGCUAAAAACGUUUGCACUACAUGCUGUGACGUUUCAAGUCAACACCAGGUUGAACAUUACUCCAGGGCAAACGUUACUUCCAUUUAUAAAUGUUGCCUUGUGAUUUACUUGUCCUUGCUGCAAACAUUCAAGCUUCAUGCCUUGCGUCCGUUAUUUACAACCUGCGUUGGUCUUGUCCAUAGAACAUUUAAAUAAGUGAUUGAUCACCUUUACACGUGUUCCUGGUAAAUAUGACCUGACUAUGUGAAUUAAUGAGCUGACAAAGAUCGCUCUUGAACAGUGAAGCAGUACAUAAUGGAUUGUUGAAUCUUGAGGGGCAGAUGUGUCCUGCAGAUUUGGGGUGAAGAGAAAAAAAAGGGCAGCUUUUCUUGGCCUGAUGGUCCAUCUUUGUACAAAUGCUUUAUCACAUCAUCAUAUCAUAUGUUGGUGAUACAUAGAGAACAUUUGAAUACAGAUUCACAUCACCGGAAAAGCUCCAGAGGUCAUGUGGAUUGUUACACAUAAUUUGUAUGUUUAACUUAAUAACCUUGGCUUAACUCAUCUUGUAUUACUUGAUUUUUUUUUUUUUUGUGUGUUAAGGCGCAAGUUUCAAGACGUACAGAAAAAAUCUGGGUCACAAUUACUGGAUCACAAAAACUUUUAAAAAUAAAAUGGACACCAGCAGACUUGCCUCUUUAAAAUGAGAGUAACUCACUCCAAUGAGCCAAUCAGGGAUCGCUGUGUCAGGGAAUAUAGUCAGUUAUAUAAAUUAAAUUCAGUGUUGUCCUGAAUAUCUCUCUCCAGGUACAGGAGUGAAAGUUGUUUAAAUUUCCAAUACAGGCAAUCGUUGUUUUUUUUUUUUUUAAGUUUGAUGGUUAUCUCUGCUGUAGCACUUGUCUUGGGAUUAGAUAUUCCAUAAUGUAUUUUCAAACUUGGUCUUUGACCCAGUGUAGUCCAACUGCUUGGAAACUGUUUAUCGCCCCAGUGCUUCCUUGUUCAACUCUGUGGUUCCCCUGAGGCUACUUUAAGGUACUGACUAAAUAACAGAACAGCAAACAACCUAGUCCCAUUUAAAUUCAAAUGCACCCACUACCCUUCAACAAAAUGAAAACACCAGCUUGGUUCUUGGCAGCGCCUUUUUUUUUUUUUUUUUUAAAGUACAAUGGUCCUGUGAGGACUACAUCUUUUUUUCCAAGAGCUAACGUGUUUCUCACAGUCCAGCUGCUACAGAAAUUAUAAAAAAAAAAAAACCUGAGAGAAAAUGAGAUGAGAACGUCACUGACUGUCUUUCCCAUCUGAGCACAAGAUUUUCCAAAGACGCAGCGAGGAGGAGAGUGAGGGUCUGUCCUGGUGUUCUUGUUGUGUCGGUGUGCAGAGGAGGGCUGCUAAAUUAUCAAUGAUUACCUUGUUAUAUAUUUAGCUUACUCCUCGAGCGUUCUACACAGACAGGACAACACGGUGAACUUUCCGAACUUGAACUGCAAAUAUAGAAAAAGAGCAACAACAACAAAAACAAAAACAGCUCAAGUAACUGUCUGUGAUAUUGUCUGUUUGUGAUUUACUCGUAUAUGAUCACUUUAAAGCGUUGUCAUCACUGGACAUGGACCAGUGGAGCUGUAUUUAGACUGACAAUGUUCUAAUAGCCAUUUUUCUGUCCGACCUGGGGUGACAUUUAUAUUAAAUGCUUCAGUCCCAAGUUCUGCAAAUCCUAAAUGUGUAUAGGAAGAGAGAUAAUAUAGAAAUGUAUACAAGGGGAAAGCCAGAUGAACUGAGUCCUUACUCUGGUUUACACGGUAUCCUGCAGAUGAAGAUACUGACUUACAUCCAGUGUAAACACUCAGUCCAGCUGGGCCCCUUGAGAACUUAUGAAAUGGGCAAAUUUUUUAUUUUUGUCAUGAUUUUGUUGUUGUUGAGAUACACAUCUUAUUGCUUUUGAUGUGCCUAAGAAGAAAAUCUCCCUCAUAAAUGUGUAACUGUGAAUUCUCAUGAAGAAAUGAGCUUGUAGAAACUGUGAUUACGUCUUGUCUUGUGCAUUGCUGUAAGUUUUUUCUCUCUUUAGAGUGAUUGGAGUUGAAUGUGGGUGAGUGUGUGUCUGUCUAAAUAGGGAAGUUCAUGUCCAUGUUUUUUUGUCAAUGGUUGUGACAUUCCAACAGCAGCCACCACCUUUUCUAUUAUCCAAAGCCUCUCAAUAAACAUAUCAUCGUGCCA